AUGGGAAGCGACGCAGACAUCACCGAGGUGGGCAAAGCUGGAAAUGCCCCUACACAGGCGACUUUGGGAUCGCGCGUCAAAGCCCACUACAAGAAAUGGUGGUGGGUUCAUGUCCUUGCAGCGAUUAUCAUUAUCUUGGUUAUCAUUCUGCCAAUCAUCUAUGUCGGCUACCCGAAUAUCGCACAGAGCAGCGUAAACAAGGCAGAUAUGAACGUGAAGAAAAUGUCCAUCAGCGACCCCGACACCGACUCAUUCCAGAUGGACAUGACCGACGAGUUGAAGUCGAGUGGUAGUGAAUCGGCUACGAUCUACCCAUUCGACGCGACAGUCUCGAUGCACGGCGGCUCGCCAUUCUCCACCGUGAACGUGCCGCAGAUGAAGGCUGCGAAUGGGGCCGAGACGCAUAUUAACCAGCGGGUUGAGCUGAGCGACAAGAGUGCUUUUAGCGAUUUUACCAAGGCGGCUGUGAAGAAUGAGGAGGUGAAGAUGAAUAUCUAUGGCAAGCCUUCGUUGAAGGUGGGCGCUUUGCCGAAGGUUUCUGUAGAUUUCAACAAAACUAUUACUGUCAAGGGAAUGAAUGAGAUGAAGGGGUCCAAUGUGACCAACUACGACUUUAAGUUGACGUCUGACUCGAAUGGAAACAACAUGAACGGGACUGUGUAUAUUCCCAAUCCGUCCGUCAUGUCCAUCGAUAUGGGCAACCUCACCCUCGACCUCUCCGUCUCGGGCACCUCCAUCGGGAGUUGCUAUCUCAACAACCUCUCCAUCAAACCCGGCGACAACUACACACCCAUGUCGGCUGCGAUCGACGACAUGGCCGUCGCAAAGAUGCUUCUCAAGUAUCCCGACGGGAUCCUCCCCAUCGACGCAACAGGCAAAUCCGUCACCUACAACGGGAAAAACCUCACCUACUUCACCGACGCCCUAUCUGCGACCACCAUCCGCCUAAAUGUGGAUAUCUACCAGGGAUUGAACCAGUUGCUAAAAACAUCUCUUCGUGACGGCCUAGGCGAUCUGAUAGGUGGUUCAUCGUGA